AUGAGUACCUCCGUGCUGAACGCUGUCCAGUCGGCAGUGGCGAGCAGUACGACCAAGCCCGUCGCGACCGUUGGUGUGCCGGUGGCAGCCACGUCCAGCGCCGCAGCGGCGACCACGACCUCCACCACGACCACAGUGUUAUCAACAGCUCUUGCCAUCCACACCGUCCCCAAUCUCUACUGGUGCGGUACUCCCUGGGUCGAAUUCAGCUGGACAGGCGGCACGGCGCCGUACUCUGUGUACCUUGUCCUCGGGGACGAUCUCGCCUCGCUCGUGGAGACCGUGGCCAGCAACCUGAAUGUCACGCAGUAUACUUGGGUCGUGGACCAGACGGUCAACGACACGCAGUACGAUGCCAUCCAGGUCGUCGACCAUCAGGGGGUGUACAGCUGCGUCGAGCACGUUGGCGAUGACAAGCGCCAGCGUGACAUCUACGGCGGCGUCCAUCGUCCUCACAGCAGACACCUCGAGCACAGAGGUACUUGUGACGAUGACAGCACCCGCUGA